AUGCCACGCUGCCUCUGCGUGUUCCCCGCGGGUGGUGUGGUGGCGAGCCGAGGCGCUACUGCUCUCCCGCUCAGUCGCCCGGCCCCGAUCCUCCGCCGCGUCUCCUCCGACGGGGAAUCCUCGCUCCGGCCGUUGAAACCGGGAUCUUCCUCCCCGGAUUCGUCGCCGGACAGCGCGAGGGUUCCGGCGAGGGAGCGAGCUACAAAGCGUGUUGGGCAAGGAGCAAGAGUUCCCGGUUCCGGAACUCAUUGAGGUUUCGCGAGUUCCUGUCCGGGUCUGGACCCGAGCCCGUGCGGGGGUUCUUCCAUCGGAGGAGUGCUAAUUACAGGCAUUGCAGAUUGCUUGGACUUGCAUAAAGCUGAACUUGUGAAGGGGGAUGUGACAGCUUUAGACUAGACUUUGUGGUGCCUUUGAGCAUGAUGCCUCCUGGAGUGUUUCAAAAAGUCCAGCUUCAGAAGCCCAAAUCACUUCUUGAAAGACAAGAAUCUGGAGAAGAGAGAAGCUCAAAUGCUUUAAGUACUGGUCACAGUGGAACCAGCGUGUUAGAUCAGGCGCAGUCUACUCUUGAUGAUACAGGCCUGUCCUCAAUGUCCACCAUCUGUCCAGCACCACUAUGCCGGCAGUUUUGGAAAUCUGGGAGCUACGACAACGGGCAUAGUGCCAAAAUCUCAAUUCAAAAUGGAAGAAAUUACCUCCAUGUCCACCCUAUGUUCCUUCAUUCAAAUGCCACUUCACAUAAGUGGGCCUUUGGCGCCAUAGCCGAGUUGCUUGACAAUGCAGUUGAUGAGAUCCAAAAUGGAGCCACAUUUGUUAUCGUAGACAAAACCUUAAAUCCAAGGGAUGGAAGCCCAGCAUUGCUAAUACAAGAUGAUGGUGGUGGAAUGGACCCUGAAGCACUGAGGCAGUGUAUGAGUUUUGGAUUUUCAGAUAAAAAAGAGAAAUCAGCUAUUGGACAAUAUGGAAAUGGCUUCAAAACCAGCACUAUGAGACUUGGUGCAGACGUCAUUGUCUUCAGCCGCCACAUGGAAGAUAGGGUUUUGACUCAGAGCAUCGGCCUUUUGUCAUAUACAUUCUUGAUGCAAGCAGGGCACGACAGGAUUGUGGUUCCAAUGGUUGACUAUGAGUUUAAUGCAAGCACUGGGACUCUGGAGAUGUCUCGUCGCAAUGAUAGAGAACAUUUCAUGGCAAAUCUUUCUUUGUUGUUGCAGUGGUCUCCGUACUCAAAUGAAGCAGAUCUUGUCCAGCAAUUUGAUGACAUCGGAUCCCAUGGUACAAAAAUUAUCAUUUAUAAUUUGUGGUUCAAUGAUGAUGGGGAAAUGGAGUUAGACUUCGAUGCUGAUCCGCAGGACAUCCAUAUUAGUGGAGAUAUUAAAAAAGUCGAAACAUGUCACAACUGGAAAUCAGUGAAUGAGCAGCACAUUGCUAAUAGACUCCAUUAUUCUCUUCGUGUAUACUUGUCCAUUUUGUACUUGCAAAUACCUGAAAGUUUUAAAAUAGUGCUCCGUGGUCAGAAUGUGGAGCAUCAUAAUAUUGCAGAUGAUCUCAAGUGUAUCGAAUAUAUAUUAUACAGACCUCAAACCGCUGGAUCUGUGGAGGGUGAGGUUGUAACUACCGUAGGGUUUCUAAAGGAAGCUCCGCAUGUGAACAUCCACGGGUUUAAUGUGUACUACAAGAAUCGACUGAUACUGCCAUUUUGGAGGGUUGUGAACUAUACAACACAUGUCAGGGGUAGAGGUGUUGUUGGUGUUCUGGAAGCUAAUUUUAUUGAACCGACUCAUAACAAGCAAGAUUUUGAGAGAACUUCCCUUUUUCAGAAGCUGGAAGUUCGGUUGAAAGAAAUGGCGUGGGAAUACUGGGACUGUCAUUGUGGACUGAUUGGGUAUCAGGUCAAUAAGAAGGUUCGGGCAUCGGUAUAUGCAGAGAAUUCAUCUCAUUUCGUUCAUCAUGGUGGUCUUGAAAUGCCUGUUCAAUUGGAACAGAGUUUACCUCUUACGACAUCUGAAGCAUUUGGUGAGGCACUCAGAGAUGAGUCUAAGCAAGGGUCUGGUAGGAAGCGCAAGGCAGUCGGGCUAACAGAAACUGAAAGGGCAAAUAUGAAGACAACAGGGGAGGGCGGCAUUAACAACAAUUGGGAGAUCGAAGAGAUACAGCCUAUCAAUAUCCCUGAUGACCAGUUAAAAGAUGAGGAGGCCGCAAGGAUAGUGCAAGAACACAAGAAGCUACUUGCAAAAUGCGUGGAAUAUGAGAAGAGCGAGAAGGAGCUUAGCGACAAGUUGGCUCGGCUCACUAGUGAACUAGGAGAAGCUCAGCUCGAGUAUUCUCAACUCUUGGCCGAAGCUCUAUCUCUGGGUCCAAUCAAGAAAGAAAACAAUGUAAAUAUGUCGUCUCAGUAAAAAAUCUCUUAGGUUUAUUCAAUCGAAUUUUUGGUGGUA